AUGGGUGGCCGAAUGGGCGUGGCCAGACGUGGCAGUGACGUGACGUCACACGUGUCGACGUCCACGUGUAAAGCAGCGCCAUGCCUUCAGAAUUUCUCGAUCAUUCGCAGUAUUGGACGCGGAGCAUUCGGAAAAGUAUGCAUUGUUCAGGAGAAGAAAACGAAAAAAUAUUUUGCUCUAAAGUAUAUGAACAAAAGGAGAUGCAUUGAAAAAGGAGUCGCCGCCAAUGUAAUCCGAGAGCUGAGCCUUCUUAGCAAGAUCUCGCAUCCAUUUAUAGUCAACCUAUGGUACGCAUUUCAAGACUGCGAUUACAUGUUCAUGGUGUCGGAUUUGCUGCUCGGCGGCGAUUUGCGAUACCAUUUGCAUCAGCAGGGCAAAUUUGCCGAGGAUCGCGCCAAAUUGUAUUUCUGCGAGAUUUGCCUAGCCGUCGAAUACCUGCACAACAUGAAUAUUGUGCAUCGCGAUGUGAAGCCGGAGAAUAUUUUGCUCGAUGAGCAGGGACAUGCACAUUUGACCGAUUUGAAUCUUGCCACCCAACUCGAAGAUGAUAAACUAGCAACUUCUUAUACAGGGACACGACCUUAUAUGGCGCCUGAGGUGUACGCAACAUACCUCGGCAUCGAAGACGGGUACGACGCUCGUGUUGAUUGGUGGGCUCUCGCCGUGUGCUUCUACGAGAUGCUCCGCGGUCGGACGCCAUUCGAAUUCAGCUCGAGCACUCAACCCGAACAGGCGUAUGUUGUCUUUCGGGAAUCAUCGGUCACCUAUCCGUCACACUGGCCAACAGAUUUGAUACACUUUUUGAAUUCGAUGCUGAAAUUCGACAAAUCGCGUCGAAUCGCGAGUCUCGACAAUGUCAAAAAGCACGCUUAUAUGGAACGAAUCGAUUUCACGAGUGUUUUCAACAAAAAACCGUCGCCAGUGUUCAUUCCAUGCAAAGAAGGCCUCAAUUGUGAUCCGAUGUACGAGCUUGAGGAGCGAAUUCUCGUCUCGACGCCGAUUCAUCGCCGCCGCGCGCAGAAUUAUUCAAGAAGUGCCAGCGAGCCGCAGAACGCGGCACUUCAAGAAGUCGCCAAGGCUUUCAUCGAUUUCUCGCGAUAUGACUCUACCGAUGCGGCCAACGGCCUUCGACGAUUUUGA